GCCCGCGAGCCAACCCAUCCGAGAACGAAUCACUGUUUCGUAAGAACCCUCCAGCAGCUCAAAGUGUUGUUUUGUUCUUGGUGGACAGAAUCUAGUGAAAAAACGUGAUUCAUUUGGUUUUUCUUUUAUGUAUCUGGUUUGGUAUUGAACUAUGCGAUUGAACCAUCUAGCGAAAAUCGGAAUUGGCUGGAGCUUUAUUACUGUCGCUGGAAUCGCUGGCUUCGUCUACUCGAAACGCACCGUCGACAAGAACCGCUAUGAGAAUAUGAAAAUUCGUGAACGGAUGCGAAAAUCAAACGAAGGAGAUUACACUGCAGAAAACGCCCGUCGCUAUCAGUCCUAAG